CCUCUAUUACACUGCAACAGACUCCUAGAUAACCACACAUUCAUAAGAAUUAAGAACUGUAGUCAGAACCCAAGUCACCUCACCACCAAAGGUUGGAGUACUUUCAUUGUUACAGAGAGCGAUAUUAACCUGAAUAUUCUAAGGAGACACCAAUGGCAAACAUCAAUGGCAGGUACUGUAUCUAUUGUGAAACUCCUGAUUUAAUAGUUGAGAAAGUCAAACAGUGGGUCAGGGUGUGUGUCAUCGCUUUCGAUUAACCAAUCAAAACCAAUUUCGAUGAACCAAUCUGUCAUAUUGUUAAUUUCCUUAGACCACCCCUAAGCUCAAAACCCUUGUCACCGUCACCUUAUAGGUGAAGCCUCUAUGGUUUUUACACGCCUUUUUAUCGCUUUACAACCCCUGUGCAAAGACUAAAGUUCUCUGCAUUUGAAACAAGACAACAGACACCCAGCACAUUGGAGACCGAGCAAGGACAUACGACAACUUGCUUUACUCGUGAGGCCAUUUUCAAUCAUCCUGUGUGUCUGAGGGUUUCAACUUCAAGAGUUUGGAAGCCUUUUCCCACACCUGUGUGUGUGUGCUCUGGGUGAUCAUGUCGACGGCGGUGGAACUAACUGGGUUUUUGUUAUGCGUGGCGAGCUGGCUACUCACAGGCUCCUCACUAGCCAAUGACUACUGGAAGUUGUCCUCGGUGUCUGGCAGUGUCAUCGUAUCCACACGCCAGUUCCAGAAUCUAUUCCAUUCGUGUGCCGAGAACAGCGCCGGCAUUAGGAACUGCAAAGACUUUGAGUCUAUGCUCGCUCUGCCUGGUAGGUACUGGACUAAUUGAUCAUCUCCAAAACCUGUCCCAAACAAUAUCAGCAAAUUAGUUUGACAUCCCUGGCCAAAGGGAACUGUAAAGGGAAAUGUUUCCUGCUCCUCUGUGUCACUUUUUAAGAAUAAGAGGAACACAAUGUCUUCAUAUUUUCAAUGGAAACAUGAAUGAUCCAUGCAUUGGUACAGUUCUGUAUCUUAGACACAUCCUACAUCUGAGUUAAAGCCUCCAUUUGUGUGUUCUAUAGGUGACAUACAGGAAGUUGAAAUCAGCCUUUAGCAGUUCCUCUUAUUCGGGGUCGGCAGGUAGCUUAGUGGGUAAGAGCGUUGUGCCAGUAACCGAAAGGUCGCUGGUUCUAAUCCCCGAGCCGACUAGGUGAAAAAUCUGUCGAUGUGCCCUUAAGCAAGGCACUUAACCCUAAUUGCUCCUGUAAGUCGCUCUGGAUAAGAGCGUCUGCUAAAUGACUAAAAUGUAAUGUAAAUGUGUCUAACAAUUAAAAAAGGCCACCAGCACUCGCUUGAUAGCAGCAAUUGAAGUCUGUUUAUUUUCUUUAGGCAACAUGUCCCACUAGCACACCCUGCAAACAUUUCUACUAUGCCUUCUUCAGUGUUUGUGUGUGUUGUUAGACACGCAAGAGGAUAGAGUUGAGCACAUUUCCCUCCCUCUCCAAGUCCCAGUCUACUUAGGCUCUCUAUCUAUCCAAUGUCUGUUGUUGACUGGAACUCUGUCGCUUCCUGUGUUCAGGCUACAUACAGGCAUGUCGAGCCCUGAUGAUCAUCGCUCUGCUCCUGGGUCUAGCGUCCAUCAUUGUGUCAGUGCUGGGGCUGAAAUGCACAAAGAUCGGCAGCACUUCUGAACAGGCCAAGGGCAAAAUCGCUCUGACAGGCGGCAGCUUGUUGAUCUUAUCAGGUGUGUCCCCAACUCCCAACUGCCAGCAUUAUCAGCUUUCUUCAGUACCAAUCUCUCUCUUUUUCUUCCCCCCAUCUCUCAUUCUUCUGCCGUUUAUCAACCAUCUCAAUCUGCCUCUCCUGCAGGUCUUUCCACCUUGACUGCUGUGUCAUGGUACGCUGCACGGGUGGUGCAGGAGUUCCAUGAUCCAUUCUUUGCAGGAGUAAGGUGAGUACACAUCCCAAAAGCUGAAAGUACUGCUUGGGAAUUGGCGUUCUAAUUAGGGCCAGGAGUUUUUUCCGGUCAGGUCACAUCACUCAACCAAUCAAUGAAAACCUUGUUCAUAAAAACCUUUUAUUGAAGGAAUCAUUCUGAGUUGGGUACACACACACACACAGGUAAAGUUGAUUAAUUCUCUGUCCCUGUAGGUUUGAGCUGGGUGCAGGUUUAUACAUGGGCUGGGGAGCUGCCUGUCUGGCCAUUCUAGGUGGGGUCAUGCUCUGCUGUUCCUGUAAGAGGGGUCCAUCAGGACCACCAACAGGGUGAGUAAUUGCGUCCACAAGGAUGAGUCCCAAAUUGCACCCUAAUCCCUAUAUAGUGCACUAUAGGGCUCUGGUCCAUUUGGGAUGCAGCCAACGACACGUCCUACUCCCAAAGCUAACAUGCAAGCUAACCAUUAUCCUACCAAAACCAUGGUCUUGGUUGGACAAAGUGAGGACAACACUAUCUCAGGUCUCCAGGCAGGUGAUGGGCUAGCCAACACUAGUUAGCUAGCGAUUUCCCAUCUAUUACAUCAGCUAGUCAAAUAAAUAAUUGUUGUCCAAUCUAUUGUACCCUACUUGUCUUACAGGGGAUAUUCAAACAACUACUCCAAAGCAGGCCGUGGACAACAGAUCUACAGGGCAGCACCUGUGUCAGAGUCGGGGAGUUCAAAAGCUUAUGUUUAAAGCAGUUUAAAAUGUUUUAUUUUUUUCAAUCUAAUUGUUUGUUUGUCUGUUUCCAUUUGUUUCUUCACCAAAGCGUACAUGUACUGGUUUGAAUUUGCCAUUAUAUAUUUUUGUUGUUUUGUUUUUGUGGUCUUCUUGAGUUGAGUCACUGUGAAAUAUUAAUGCAAUGUGUAUUGCUUUGAAAUGUAUUGAAAAUAAAACCAUUGCUCUGUUGAUGGUUAUUGUUCUAUUGAUAUAGGAUAUCCAAAUGAAUGGAAAAUAUAAGCUAUGCCACAACUCCAAAUGAAUGGAAAAAAUACCCACUGGGCACAGACGUCUAUUCCACAUUGGUUCAACAUCAUUUCAUUGAAAUG